CUGGGAGAAAGACACACCGCGACCCAGCUGAACACACGGCAGGCUGCUAGCUGAGAGGGCAGCAUGGCGGGGCUACACGACUUCCACCAAGGCAGCCACUGUCACAGGAAAACGUGGAUCAAUAUACUACUGGGAAUACUUCAGCUACUUUUACCCUGCGUACAGCACGGAGGAGCGCAGCUGCAAGCUCUGAGUCAGAUGUCCACCAGCGUGGUCGAGGUCUGGCAGCCGGAGGAGGCAGAGCCUUUAGUCCCGCUCCAGGUUGAAAAGGAGCGAAGAAGAGACGGUCUUCCUCUCGAAGACAGCUCCUCUCCAUUUUCCCUGGAGAAUGGGAAGCCCCUGCAUUUUCAGCCUCCAGCGCUGGAGUUUGGGAUGCAGCCGCUGGGGCUGCCAAGAGCUGAAACCAUAUAUAUACACAACCCCAGCCAGGAAGUUCCUGUGACACUGCUGUCAAUGUUUACAUCCAGCAGGCAUUUUUACAUACCUUCCUUCCACAGAAGAGUGAUCCCACCCAGAGGGAAGGCAUCUUUUAAACUAAUUUUCCUCCCGUCUGAGGAGGGCAAUGUAGAAAACACAUUAUUUAUAAACACAUCGGCCCAUGGGCUGCUGUCAUACCAAGUAUUUGGUGUGGGAGGUCACCAGGGUUCAUUAAUCUCUGUCCAGAGAAAGGACAGCCUGCUAAUAUUCCCCCACAUCCAGAGCAUUAAGCUGACCCAAACUCAGGAAGAUGCCUCCAACGUCACGAUACUGGGUCUACUGCUGGAGUGCAGCUUGCCGAAGAGUUUGUUAAACAGUCCUCAGGGGUCCUGCCUCCAGAGCGAGGAGCGCCUCAGUCUGCAGAUUAAUCUGUCAGCGCGCGGCGACCGGCCCGCCGACCUGGACAAGCUCAAGCCCUACGUCAUCGAGCACAUCUUGGUCCUGCUGGUCGCCCCGAGCGCUCAACAGGCCGCCAUCGGUGGGUCCUCAGGGGAAGCAAAAAUAGGAGUUUAUAUGAUAAAUUCAGGAGGGAAGAAGCUCCACGUAAAGGACAUGCAGGUGCUGUCAAAGGUUGAAGCCAGCCUCGAUUUCAAUCAAGCUCUUCUGAGACCAGAAGCAAAAAACUUCACUGAGGUGGCGACCAUAGCGUGCAGAGGUUCACUGCCUGGUCACGGAGCAAAAUGCUCAAGUCACGUCAGUUUAAAGAUCAUGGCAAACAGGACGACCCACAGCUUCCCUAAACCUCACAUCAUGCACAGAUGGACCCAGGACGAUUCGUUGAGCCUUUUCCAAAUAAAGCAAAGAGACACCAACCAGGUGGACUUGUGGUUCACGAACCCGUCCCUGCUGCCCUUCACUGUUGUGAAUGCCAGCCUGUCCGAGAAGCUGCACGGCGUCAUGAAGGUGAUGAACUUCAGUCGUCCCCUGACGGUGAGCCAGGGCUGCUGGCAUGUCCUGUCCCUGGAGUCGCUCAGCAGGACGCUGCCCGUCAAGCAGGUCUUCAGCCUGAGUCUGGACACCAGCCUGGGCUCCACCCUCCACAUUCCACUCUACUUCCAUUCUUCUUCUUCUUCCAAGGGCGACGUGGUGUUUGAAGCUGAACGCGAGUGUGGACGUCCUUGCCCUCUGAGACUCUCUGAGACAGGGCGUUCAGAGUGGCAGCGCUCCCUCCUUCCUGACUUCUUCUCCUCAUCCUGGACUGUUGAUAGCAAGCUGGCGGCUGAGCUCUGCUCUCGGUGGCAGAACCACAAGGACAAGCUCCCCUGCAGGUGGCUCAGACUCCCUGCAGAGACUGCCUCUCCCCUGGACUUUGGUGCCACACCUGUCAACGAGAGCAAAGUGAAGACUUUCAUGCUGAAGAAUCCUUCACCUUCAGUGGUUUCUGUUGAGAUUAGAAUCCUCUCCCUGUACCCAGCUCCGCUGGAGGCUCUGGAUCUCCUCACUAAAUGGUUUAACAUCAGCCCUCUCUCGGUCAACAUCAGCACCUCGGAGUUUUCUCUGUUGGUUUCUCCUCUCAAGGCGGGCGAAAGCCUGGAGGACAUUGCAGGAGAGGGUGUCCUGCGUCUGCUGCUGCAGCCCUGGGAGGCUCGGGAGGUCGCUGUGGUCUUCACCCCCUCCGAGCACAAGCCCACCACCACCAUCCUGAUCAUCAGAAACAACUUGACGGUGUUUGACAUGGUGACGGUGAAGGGCCACGGCGCCAAAGAGCUGCUGAAGGUGGGAGGAAAGCUCCCCGGCCCGGGAGCCUCUCUACGCUUCAACGUGCCUCAGUCCACCCUGAUGGACUGUCGAGACGGCCUGCGCACCAACAAGCCCCUCUUCGCCAUCAGGAAGAGCUUCAAGGUGGAGAAUGCAGGAGAGCUUCCUCUCACCGUCAUGUCCAUGAAUAUCAACGGCUACAAAUGUCAGGGAUUCGGCUUCGAGGUGCUGCAGUGUCGAUCCUUCAGCUUGGAGCACAACGGCUCCUCUGAGAUCACCAUCGCGUUCACUCCGGACUUCACCUCGUCGUGGGUGAUCCGGGACCUCACCCUGGUGACGUCCCGCGGGACGUCCUUCCCCUUCACCCUCAACGUGACGCUGCCCCACCACAUGCUGCCCCUCUGCGCCCAGGUGGUCCCGGGCCCCAGCUGGGAGGAGACCUUCUGGGUGGUCACCCUGGUCUUCACCUGUUUCUCCUUGUUCGGCGUGUGUCUGAUGGCGUUCCAUCAAGCGCAGUACAUUUUGAGCGAGUUCACCUCGCCCAGCAUCAGGAGCAACCACAACUCUGUCCUGUCGCGGGAGAACGGCUCGGUCAAUAGCGUCACUCCCAACGGAGUGAGCAAAACCAAGGGCAGCUGUAAGACCUAUGUGGACACCUGUCACACGUCUGACAAAGGCAAAGGGCGCGGCUCGCCGGCUCUGGCCAACAGCCCCGCCCCUCGUCCUCAGUCGGCCAAGAAAGGCUCCUCGAGCGCCCCGUCCCAGCAGCAGAAGAAGCACAAAGUCUCCGUCUAUUACACCAAAUACAAGCCCAGCGCCGCCACGGCCGCCGCGGUGGCGAUGGACGAAGAGGCGGAGGACCUGACGCCGGAGGCGCCGCUCACCCCUGACGCCGACGUCUUCAACAACAACCAGCCGGCUUUCGUCAGCGAGAUGGACAAAAAGACGCCCUCAGACUUCAAAGAAGACGUCCACAGCACCGUGGUGGAGGACAGAGCGCCAGCAGCGGUUAUGUUUCCCGUGGAAACGCCUGCUGGGUUCCCGGACGACGUCAUGGUGGGCCCGGGCCCUCGGCCGGGCCUGUUGGCGUGCAACCCCGUGGACAAGAGCUGCAGUGAGCGCUUCGCCGACAAGACGGCCGCAGAGAAAAGGGACGCUUCUGAGCCGGAGGUCAGAGAAGAUGGCAAAGGCCAGAAGAAGAAAGCACAGACCACAGACGCCGGCGCCGGCGCUGCUCCGGGGAAUAAUAAGGGAAAGAGGAGUCGCAGGAAGACAGACAGUGUCUCCAGCCCUCCUGAGCACAACGUGCUCGUCAUGCCAGAGAGGGAGAAAGAACCCGAUUGGAAAACAGGCGACCGCAAUCUAAACGGGACCCGCAGCAGGAACCGCUGCUGCAGCAGCGGCUCCAAAUCGGAGGCGGCAAAGCCUGGACAGAGCGCGGAGAGCCCCCUCAAGCAGAACGGUGUGUGUUCGGCUCGCACUCGCAGAAAGUGUGCCACGGAGCGGCGCGUCGGCGGGCCGUGCGAGUCGGGCUCCGACUCGGGCAGCUCGUCGGGCAGCGUGCGGGCCAGCAGGGGGAGCUGGGGCAGCUGGAGCAGCGCCAGCAGCAUGGAGGGAGACAAGGACCCCGGCGCCCGGACGCACGCCUACACUACCUCAUCCAGAAAAAGGGACUCCAUGCAGUACAGCGUCUAUCCAGCAGAGAGAGACUGUUACCAGGCCAUGAAUACAAACUACAAGGCUCUCAGCAUGAACAGCUUGUACCACAAAGACUUGUGCCAAAGCCCCGACGCCACAGCCGCCAGCUUCAGCCCCAGCUUUGCUGCGGUCACGGCAGGAAUGGACAGGAACAUGGACCUGACGGGCCAGUAUCUGCCCGAAGAGACGUGGUCGGCGCCGUCCAUCCCGCUCACCAACGAGUUCAGAUACAACACCAGCGAGGCUCUGCCCUACAUACCUCAAGCAGCCACGGCCGGGCCGUACAACGGGUUUACAUGGAAUAGUGCCAGCCAGUGCAACAAUCCCUACAGCUACUGCGAGGAAGGCAACUACAUCGGCAAUGGGACGUUUCCCAGUGGUUUUCCCAGUCAGGACGGUCACGGUGUGCACGGCGUGCACGGCAGUCACGGCGGCUGGUGUGAGGAGCAGCCUCAGGAAGCUCCCUCCUCCUGGGACACAGCGGCCUGCGUAGGCAGCAAGCCUUACUUCUCGGGGACCCGCAGCCUGUCGCCCAUGUCCAGCCUGUUCGGCUCCAUCUGGACGCCGCAGAGCGAGCCCUACCAGAGCCACUUCCAGCCGGAGCGGUCGGCCCCCAUGUCCCCCGUCUCGCCCGUCUCCCCCGUCUCCCCGCCGCACUCGCCCUUCACCCGGGAGGCGGAGCGGACCUGCGGACCGCUGCAGUACUCCAGCUUCAACCCCUUCGGCCCCCACAUGAACCUGGACAUAUGGAACUCCUCCUCCAACCGCAGCUCCAACUCGCAGCUUUCCAACGACUCCGGCUACUGCGGAGACGUUUAAGAGUUUGAAAAGAUAAUAAACGAUAAAGAUAAAAAGCAAAAUGGCAGACCUACCAAUAACUGCAAACAUAUAAACAUUGAUAUGUAAAAGAAAGGAAAUAAAAAUGAAUGUUCUUUUACCAUUUAUGGGGAAAAUGUGAAUAUUUCUUUUCUUUUAUGUUCCCAUUUUCAGAUGUUAAAUGUCGUGACAGGUUAAGCAUUUGUUGUAUAUUUUUCUAGGUGUUUUGCAGUUUUGAACAUAGAAAAUUAAAAAAAAAAAGGUUUUCUA